AUGGCCGCCGCCAAACACCACGGCUUACCUCUCAUUCCACAUCCCACCGAUGACGAGAGAGACCCACUGCGAUGGCCUCGAAGUCUAAAGCUAGCUGCACUUGGUGCCACAGCCUUUGCCAACUUUACGGCAAAUUUUGCUGGUGCAGGCCUCUCCGUUGCAACUCCAGUGUUACAAGCGCAAUUCCACAAAACGCCAAAUCAGGUCAACGGACUGCUAACUUUCAACUUUUUACUUCUCGGAAUUGGAAAUCUCUUCUGGGUACCGCUCGGCGUCAAGUUCGGCAAACGAGCAUCGCUUCUCAUCUCGACCUUGAUGCUCUUCGCUGUGCUCAUUUGGACCGCGAAGGAAACAGCAUUUACUGGCCUUUUAGCGGCGAGAUGUUUGUCAGGUUUUGUAUCAGCGGCAGGAGAAAGUAUUGUCCCCAGCAUUGUCUCUGACAUCUUCUUUCUUCACGAACAUGCCGCUAUGAUGUCUGGGUAUACAAUCCUCGUCUCCAGUUCCACGGCAAUUGGCCCGCUCAUAGCAUCGUUCAUCGUACAAUAUAGCCGCGGUGGAUGGGUUGACUAUGUAUGGGUUUGUGCCGCACUCGCUGGUGUGAACACUGUGGGAAUUUACUUCUUAUAUCCAGAGUCCAACUUCAACAGACCGGAAGAGUCGCUACAUCAUGUUUCGGUGACAAGUGGAGAUGACGAGAAAGUUCAGGUUGUGAGAACGGAAACCAUCUCCCGCCAUCGUGUCAGCGUUGUACCCAAGCCUUGGUUGAGUAUCUGGACGAGCGUAUUCACCAUCGACCCUGAGAUUAAUAUUUUGAAGGUGGCCUUUCGUCCACUCAAGAUGCUUCUUCGGCCAAGUGUUCUCUUAGCUACUUUUAUCUAUGGAACUAGUCUUGCAUCUCAGAUCAUUCUCAUAUUCGCGUUUCCAAGUUUGCUCCUUGCGCCGCCUUAUCUCUUUUCUGGUAGUGAAGUCGGACUCAUGCAGAUUGCGGCGAUUAUUGGUUUCUUGAUCGGCUGCUUUUCCGGCGGCUAUUUUGCUGAUAUUAUCACCGCGGUUGUUAUCAGGAAGCAGAAAGGCGCUGUGUAUCCGGAGCAACGGCUAGUGGCGCUCAUCCCUGGUUGUCUAAUCGCCCCUGCCGGAUGCAUCCUUAUUGCGUUCGCCUGCUCUGAAAAGCUGCACUGGGUUGCAAUCGCGUUCGGAUUUGGCAUGGUAUCAUUCGGGACGAUAUACGCGCCCAACAUUGCCGUUACCUACGUCGUUGAGUGCUAUCCUAGAGUUGUUGCAGAGUGUCUAGUCGCCAUAAAUGUCUUUAAGAAUCUUGUCGCGUUCCUGUUUCUGUAUACUGCCGUGGAUUGGGUUGCGUCAAGCGGUUGGAUUCAAGUAUACAUGAUCAUGUUCAUGCUGGUUUCGUUAGGCAUGCUCUUGGCCGUUCCAUUCUACUUUUUUGGACAGACGUGGAGAGGAGAAGUUGAAAUAGCCAACGUGAAUGGUUAA